AUGAAACAGUCAAAUCAUGAAAUUUUAUCCAUUUACGUAAACUUAUUAAAAACAACUAUGGGAUGUGGAAUACUAAAUUAUCCAUUUUUAGUACUUGAAUUUGGAAUAAUUUCUAGCAUAUUUUUGACUUUUAUAUCUGCAUUUUCUUCUUAUGCAGGAAUACUAUUAUAUAUUGAACUUAAUGCAAGAUUUGGACGCAAUAAUACGUUAUCAACCGUCACACGCCAUUUUAUGCCAUGUUUAAAAUAUCUUGCUGACAUUGUAGUGAUUUUUAAAUGUUAUACUGUAUCUAUAGCUUAUUUAGUGUACAUAAAGUGUCAAAUUAAUUUUUUAAUUCAGUAUUAUAAUCUAAACGUAAAUUUAUAUUUUGUAUUUUUUGUUGUAAUACUUUUUAUUGCACCUUUUAUUUUUAUGACUAAGCUCGAUAAGUUGAAAUAUACUAGCAGUUUUGGAUUAAUAGCGAUACUUCUUUUAAUAAGUACAUCAUAUUACAGAUAUAUUACACUUACAAACUUGCCAAACUUGAUUUACUUUAGAAAAUCACAUAAUUAUAUUGAAAAUUUGAGUUCUUUCGUUUUUAGUUUUACUUGCCACCAAAACAUAUUUACUCUACAAAAUGAAAUGAAAUUUUACAACACACAGAAAUUUAAACUUACAGCUUUAUGCAGUUUUAUAUCUGCAAGCAUUAUUUACUUGCUCUUUGGUAUUAUCAGUUAUAUGGCUUUUGGUAAUCAGAUAGUAAAACCAUUUAUUAAUACGCAUCCCAAUGAUACAGUAAAAGCAGCACUAUCGUGGUUUUACAUUCUGUUAUUAGGACUUUCUGUUCCUUUACAGACAAAUCCUUGUAAACAAUAUUUACUAAAUAUGAUUAAUGAAAAAAUUUUAAAAAAUAAAGAAUACAAAUAUGUGAGGGCUUUCACUUCAUUUUUAAUUAUCAGUAGUUGCUUUGGAUUGGCUUGUACAAAUAUAGAUUUUGAUAAAAUGUGUAAAUUUAUUGGUGGAACAUUUUCCACUCUUAUGUGUUUUAUAUUUGCGAGUCUUUAUUAUUUUAUAAACAUAAAAGUUAUAGGUAGUUCUUUAAACACAGCUCUAGCAGUUAUUAGUAUUACUUAUGGUAUGUUAUCUUUCUAUUCAGUUAUAAAAAUUAAUUAA